AUGGGUCCGAGUGUAAAGAAGGCUUUUCGGAAGAAGCAGUUGCCGAAAUUUUGCACAAGCAAGGUCACGUUCGUUGCUAGCGGCGAGCUUGCCGAGAAGACCAUGAAAUGCAGGAAGACCAACACCAUCUCGGAAAGCUUCAGUCCGAGCCCGACUUCCGAGCAUCCUCUCUUCGCUUCCUUCCUCGACUUCAUUGCCCGAUGUGUCAGAGCAAAUGUCAUCUCGGACAAGCCCAUCGUAGUGUGA